AUGUUUGGGCUUCUCCUGUUUGCCGCCGCGACGGUGCUGGCCUCGUAUAUGUACACAAGACUCAGAUACGCGCGCUUCGGCCAGUUUGCGCAUGUCCCACAGUUACCGAGCCAUCUCCUUUGGGGGCAUUUGAAAGUCUUUGGGGAGUUCAUGCAACGCGGAAUACACGACCGCCAUCCAGACAAGAUCUUCGAGGAGAUGUGGGCGUCCGUGGGCAGGCCACCUGUGAUGCUUAUAGACCUCCGUCCGAUUAACCCUCCCAUGGCUCUGAUCUCCAGUCAUGACAUCGCCGAACAGAUCUCCAAGCCUACCAAGCUUUUACCUCUGAGCCCACCCAAAUCCCCCACCUGGACCCAUAUGAUCCCUAUCAUAGGAACCACGUCCAUUAUAGGCAAAGAAGGCGAUGGUUGGAAGCAACUGCGGAAGAGAUACAACCCAGGCUUCUCAACCCAGCAUUUAUGGACUCUCUUUCCUCUCAUCCUGGAGAAGUUGGGUCCAUUUCUGAACUAUCUGGAUGAGUUCGCCGCAUCGGAGGUGGAGUUCUCCAUGGAAAGGCUCAUCUCUAAUCUGACUUUCGAUGUGAUUGGCGCCGCCGUGAUGGAAGUCGACCUCAAUGCUCAACACAUGGACCGCUCAAAACAAGGAGAGCUAAUCCGACAAUUCGCUGAACUGGUCAAGACAUAUAGCGACGACAAGAACAACCUGCCGUGGUGGGUUGUUCCUUUGACAACGCUAAAGCGACAUCGGCUGGCUAGGCACAUCGACUUUUUGAUCAAAGGAAUGAUCCAGCAGAAGUACGAUGAGGUAAAGGAAGAAGCCGAGUCCAACAGAUCGCGGAGUAUCCUCGCCCUCAGCUUCCAGGACACCGUGGCACUGACGCCGCAGCUCCUGUCUGAAACGUCAGAUCAGGUGCGCAGCUUCCUGUUCGCAGGCCAUGACACAAACACCAGCGCGCUGCAGUGGGCUUUCUACGAGCUGAGCCGGACGCCGCGCGCGCUCAAGGCCGUGCGCGACGAGCUCGACGAGAUCCUGGGACCCGAAUCCGAUCCCCGAGCAAUAUGCGCGGCUCUCGCCCAGGAUGGGGAACAUAUCCUCCCGCGCAUGCACUACAUCAACGCCGUCAUCAAAGAGACACUGCGCCUACAUCCGCCAGCGGCCACGGUUCGCAUGACCGACCCUGGGAGUGGAUUUUCAGUCCACACCUCCAGCGGCGAGGAGUAUUGCCUCGACGGCGUCAUCAUGUACUCAUGCCAGAGCAUCAUCCACCGGGACCCGGCUGUCUAUGGAGACACGGCGGACGACUGGGUCCCUGAGCGAUGGCUUGGCGAGACGGCCAAGAGCAUCCCGUCCAGUGCGUGGCGGCCGUUUGAGAGAGGGCCGAGAAACUGCAUCGGGCUGGAACUUGCGAAUAUCGAGUCUCGCGUUAUCAUCGCUAUCGUGGCUCGCAAGUACGACUUCAUCAAGACGGGGCUGGGCGAAAGCGCCAUGGAUGAGAAGGGCCUUCCGGCGCUGAAUGAGAAGGGGCAGUACAAAGUCAAGUCGGAACUAUACAAUACUCGGAGGAUGACGUCCCAGCCGGUAGAUGGAACCACGAUGAAGGUUAGACUGGCUGCGGGCAGUGAGUAG